UGCACCUUAAAGUUGGUUGCCAACCGCCAUAUAGAAUCCACAGAAGAAGGAGAAGAAGAAGAAGAUCAGGUUUAACAGAGAGAGGGUUUGCAAAAGGAAAAAUGGAAACAGUAUACCUGUAAAUAGACAAAAAUCCGAAAGACAGUAGACAUGAGAGUCGCCACUGUGGCCUUUUACGGGUGUGCACUGGGUCUUCUGGCGAUGGGCCUGCGAGAAAUGUUUUCGGGAUUUGAAGAGAAUAGAUGCACAAUGACCUAUAUGUUCGAGUACCCCGAGUACCGGCGUAUUGCCCUGCCCCGACGCGUGGCCCGCCAGUACCCAGCGUAUGGGCUUUACCUGUACGGAGAGGGCCAGUACGCUCAGGACACUCGCGGACUAAAACUAACCGGGGCCCCUGUUCUUUUCCUACCUGGAAACGCAGGCAGCUACAAACAAGCUCGCUCCCUGGGUUCGGUGGCUCUGAGGAAGGCUGAGGCCCUGGAAGGAGGGGUCCACCUCAACGUGUUCACCAUCGACUUCAACGAGGAGCUUGUGGCCCUGUAUGGAGGCAGCCUGCGCCGGCAGACCCACUUCCUACACGAGAGCAUCAAGGCCAUCCUGCGCCUCUACAAGGAUCAUGAAGCCCCCCCUCAUAGUGUGGUGUUGGUGGGUCACUCCAUGGGGGGAGUGGUGGCCCGAGCCCUCUUCACCCUGCCCCGCUUCAGCCCUCGCCUUGUCAGCCUCAUCAUCACCCAGGCCUCCCCUCACCAGGCCCCCGUGCUGUCCCUCGACGCACACCUACUGGAGUUCUACUCUGCUGUGAGACAGCGCUGGGUGGGUCGAGCGGAAGACCUGCGCAACGUGACAGUUCUCUCCGUGGGGGGUGGUUACCGUGACUACCAGGUGCGCUCCGGCCUCACGGCCCUGCCCUGCCCCCAGGACGACCCAAGCAAGCUGUCUCUGGUGGUUACUGCUGUUCCUAGGACCUGGGUGUCCACGGACCACCUGUCCAUUGUUUGGUGCAAAGAGCUGGUUCUGGCCACUGUGCGGGCAUUCUUUGACCUCAUUGAACCUGAAACGGGACAGUUUUCAGACGAUCCAGAGAGGAGAAUGGCCAUUCUGAACCAUCAUUUUAUCAGACACCCUGUACGUGUGCUGGGUGAGCAGCUAGAGACGCCCGUUUCCCUCUCAGGGUCUCCUAAAACGUGGAGCGAGGUGAACACACUCCGUCUGGCGUACAGUGCUCCCAAAGAAGGACAAGCCAAGUAUUUCCUGUUUGCCCUCUCCAGUCGCAGAAGAGCCUACAGCCACUUCUACUGUCGCAGCAACAACCUGUCUCUCCAACAGGAAAUGACUAGCUGGGUUUACGGUUGUACACAGAUGAACGGAUCCAUGUGUGUGCAGGCAGUGGAUCUGUCUUUUGGAACAGAACUCCUCCCAGAUUACAAGGUUCUGACUCUGAGCCUCAGUGAGCUGUCCUCUGUCUCUCACCUCAUUGUGGUUGCCUCCAACCUCAACGGUAGACAGUUCACAGUGGAGUGUGAGUGGCAGAGACAGGAGUCUCAGACCGUCUCUGUUCCAGUACCACACGUUCUCUCCUUCGGCAUGAGUGUUAGUGACGUCACUCUCAACUCCACCGGGCUUCGGCACACCAUUGAGCUGCAGCACUUUCAUCAGGUCUAUCAAGCUUUCAGAAUUUCAGUCGUAAGCCACUGCAAAGUAACCAAAGCAGACAGACUGCCCAAUGUCUACAUAAUGAAGGUGCCAUGGUUUAGGGAGGACUCUGUUACCACGUCCAGUAUUCCCUCUGUAACAGAGAUAUCGGGAAUGCUCCACACGAGUCGUCCUGACAACUCCACUGGUGUCCUGUUGCAGCUCCACACUGCCCCCAACUGCCACUAUAAGGUAUCUGUGAGAACAUCAUUUCCCAGGGUGCUUGGACAGGUGCUGAGGUUCUGUGGGCCCGUGUUGCCGGUGUACGUGGCUGUAGCGCUCCUACUGGCCUGUGGGGGGCAGAUGUCCUCUGUCGUGAGGAUGGGGCGCCCCCUACAGAUGAGCCAUGCCGUGGCCAGAUCCCUGCAGCCCCACAAGGUGGACCUUCCCGUCUACCUGCUGCAUCUGCUGCUCAGGUAUAGCUGGUUCCAGGAUGGUUGGUCCACUCUUCAUCUCCCGCCGUUAGAUGCUCUCCCCGCCACUACCCCAGAUGGUAUGACACAGGAGGGCUUGCCCCUAAACGAAGACUGGCCACGCCUCCUGUCCCCCUGCUGUAUGUUUUGGGAGCAGCCAUGGCCUUCUGGGGCAGUGUGCUGCUCCGCCUCUUUCUAAGGCUGCUUUCGUUGCUAUUGGCCCCGCUUCACAGGCCCUCUGUGUCUCGGGACUGCGGCACCCUGCGUAGGCGGACUCAGCUGCUCCUCAUUCUGUGUCUGAGCGUGUUAGGAUGGGCUUCCUGUGGAGCCCUGUCAAUCACAGCCACCUUCCUGCUGCAUCUCUACCGA